AUGACAGACGAAAAUCAGUUCAGCGAUGGAGAAGACGGACAGAGACAUACGCGGUAUUUACGAAUUCGCGCUCUGAAUCGUGCUUGGCCCCCACUCACAUACCUCCCUCGAUGGAGAGCCGGAUUUCGGUCAGAGACGGACGACCUGACACCGUCAGCCAUACCGCUUGAAGAAGUUGUCAUCCACGAAGCCGGACCUCAAGAGCUCUCACGUCGCCCUGAACAGCAUCGCGCUUUCCUCGAACUACCUUCUGAGAUUCGAACGCAGAUUUACUCGUACCUCGUACCUGGCGUUCAACCCACACGAGUGGAUCGAGCUUUCCGCCAGACCUGCCGCCAGAUCAACCACGAACUGGAGCACGAGUCGCGCAAGGCUUUCACCCACGAGAUGACGUCCCUCCAGCAGCUCGCAGUCGAUAGUCACCAAUAUGUCACACUCUUCUACUCGGCAGAGAAAUAUCAUGUAGAUAUGAUUCUACAACUCCCUCAGCCGUAUUUUCCGCCAAAUCUACCCCCACUGCUACCACAGACGAGGACAAUCAUGGAUGCCGUGGCGCUCUCCUUCGUCACGCUAUUUCCACCGAACACACGUUCUAUAGCAGUCACAAUGCAGCCGCAUCCGCAAGGAUCGACUGCCAGCUUCGAGCGAUACUUCGACGGAACUUGGGCGUGCGAUGCGAUGGAGGGCAAGAUAGAUCUGCGAAAACUCUCAAUUUUGAGUGGCGAUCCUGUUGUGCUUGUGCCAGAAGCUGGGUUGGCCGGAUUCAGGCAGAGAUUCAACUGGAUCAAUAUUCUGGGUGUCAGCUUCGAGUAUGAUCGAGGCUUCCAGCGAGUGCCUAGUGUUGUGAUUGACUCACGACAGCAGUGCCAUGCCCUGAUUCGUACAUCACUUCGGCUCUUAGGUUGCCGGUUGGAACCAAGGGACCUGAUUGUAUCGAUCUUAGGGGCUUCUGAGGAAGCUGCGGCGGUCGGAGUCGAAUAA